AUGCCCCGUCGACCUCUUCAAGUUUUCAUCAAUUCGUUGGGGUCCACGGCCGAGGCCGCAACACCCUCCACUUGCCUUUCGGAGUUCGCGACACUCACGAAAGAGUUGAACCAAGCCCGGGAGCAGCUGUUGGAGAGAGAAGAGGAGAUCUCCGAGCUCAAAGCCGAAAGAAACAACACAAGGUUACUUUUGGAGCACCUAGAAUGCCUGGUGUCGCGGCACGAGCGCUCGCUGCGCAUGACCGUGGUGAAGAGACAGGCGGCCGCGCAGUCCGGCGUCUCCUCCGAGGUGGAGGUGCUCAAGGCUCUGAAGAGCCUCUUCGAACACCACAAGGCGCUCGACGAGAAGGUUCGGGAGAGACUCCGCGUGGCGUUAGAGAGAAAUACGGCGCUAGAAGAAGAAUUAGCAUUAACCAAAGAGGAAUUGCAGCAGUAUAAAUCGUCGAACGCCCACGAGAACGAGAAACCGAAAGAGAAUGGCAGCGUCGGCGGCUCCCCUGAACAGAACGGCGAGCCGCAACAGACAAAGGAGCAAAGUAGUGUAAACGGCGACUCGGAGGGCAACAAGAGAGUCACUGAGCUCCAAAAUACGAUCGCCAAACAGUCGGCGGAACUGAGCUCUUGGCAACGGCGUGUGGCCGAGCUGAACAACAAGGUCUCGGAGCUAGAGGAGAGGCUUUCCAAGGGCGAGAAGGAGCUGGUCAAGAAACAGGAGGAGUGUGCCAAAUUGCAGCGUGACCUCAGGGAGAAUGUAGCGCAAAAGGAGGAUCAGGAGGAGAGGAUCACGACCCUCGAGAAGCGGUAUCUCAACGCGCAGCGCGAGUCCACCUCCCUGCACGACCUCAACGAGAAACUGGAGCAGGAGUUGCAGCACAAGCAGGCUCAACUGAAGCUCCAAGAAGAGAAGAUAGCCGCUAUUGAGGAGAAGCUGGAGCUGUCGACGCAGAAGCUGGCGCAGAUGUCCUCGCUGCCGGAGAUGGAGGAGCAGCUCAAGGCCAGGAUGGAAGCGCUCAAUCAGGCGCAGGAGAGGCACGGCUCCGCCGAGGACAGGAUCCAGAGGCUGGAGGCGAGCGUGGAGGAGAAGAACGCCGAGCUGAUGAGGCUCAACCAGAGGCUGCGCAUGAACGAGGAGCACAACACCCGCCUCUCGGCCACCGUCGACAAGCUGCUCUCCGAGUCGAACGAGAGGCUUCAAGUCCACUUGAAGGAGCGCAUGCACGCACUGGACGAGAAGAACGCCCUGACCCAAGAGCUGGAGAAGACGAGGAAGUACGCCGACGAGCUGCUGGCGGAGAAGCAGGAGAUCCUCAAGGAGCUCGCCAAGUGGCGCAUGGAGACGGAGCAGCUGAAGCGGCAGAUGCUGCAGCAGGAGAUAGCGUUCAACAUCCAGCAGACGGACGCCCUCACGCGCUCCCUCUCGCCGGGCGCGCCGCAGCCGGGGGUGCCCCUCUACCCGCCCAAGCUGGACGGCUCGUGGGAGAAGCUGCAGCAGGCGCACGUGCUGGCCGGGGUGGGGCCGCAGUAUGACGUCACCAGCGACGCCGAGAACGAGGAGUCGGACGGCGGCGUGGAGGGCGGGCACACGGACGCGGCGGCGCUGGCGCUGAUGCUGCAGGAGCAGCUGGACGCCAUCAACACCGAGAUCCGCCUCAUCCAGGAGGAGAAGCAGACCACCGAGGCCAGGGCGGAGGAGCUCGAGUCCAGGGUGGGCAGCUACGAGCACAUGAACGUGGUGUCCCGGCGCGGGGACUCCCCGCCGCCGGCCGCCUCGCCCUCGCGGCCCCACCACCACAAGUACCACACGCUGCAGCUGUGCGAGGAGAGCGGCGUGGGCGUGGGCGUGGGCAGCGGUGCGGAGGGGGGGGCGUCGCCGCUGACGGCGCGCUCGCUUCGCCUGGAACGGGCCGCGAGGGCGCUCCACGCCGAGCGUGACCGCCUGCGCACGCACUACCCUACUCCAUACGACUCGACCUCGAUAAUGUCGGGCAGCCUCGCCAGGAUCCCGAUACACAGCUCGAGCCAGGAGUCGCUGUCGCUGGGCACUGUGGGCUGGGUUAGUGGGGGCGCAUCUGGCGGUGGGGCAUCCCCCUCCAUGCCGCGUACCACCGCUUCCGCCGUAUCCAUCGCCACGAUGCACCAGCAGAAGAAGAGGGGCAUCAAGAGCUCACUGGGCAGGUUCUUCAGCAAGAAGGACAAGGCCGGACUGCCGCUUUCCCAGGGCACCAGCCCUCGCUCCAUGUCGUCCGCUUCCUCGUUGGGUCUGGCGGGACUUGGCGGUGCUGACGAGCUCUCGGACGGCGGCCACCCCCUGCCAUCGCAGCAGCAGCAUCCGCAGCCGUUGCAGCAGGACUACGCGCGCUCCAAGACCAAGGAGCGCGACUACCGGCACGAGCUGCUGGGCGAGGCGAUGCGCGCCGGCACGCCGUUCGCGCUGUGGAACGGGCCCACGGUGGUGGCGUGGCUGGAGCUGUGGGUGGGCAUGCCGGCCUGGUACGUGGCGGCCUGCCGCGCCAACGUCAAGUCGGGCGCCAUCAUGUCGGCGCUCUCCGACCAGGAGAUCCAGCGCGAGAUCGGCAUCAGCAACCCGCUGCACCGGCUGAAGCUGCGGCUGGCCAUCCAGGAGAUGGUCUCCCUGACGUCGCCUUCGGCGCCCCGGGGCACCGCCUGCGCGGCCCUGGCCUUCGGCGACAUGAACCACGAGUGGAUCGGCAACGUCUGGCUACCCUCGCUAGGUUUGCCUCAGUACAGAACGACUUUUAUGGAGUGUCUGGUGGACGCGAGAAUGUUGGAGCAUCUAACGAAAAGGGAUCUCAGGACGCAGCUUAAAAUGGUGGACAGUUUUCACAGGACGUCGCUGCACUUCGGCGUGGCGUGCCUGAAGCGGGUGGGCUACUCGGUGCGCGCGCUGGAGGAGCGGCGCCGGGCGGCGGAACACUGCGCGCGCGACGUGCUGGUCUGGACCAACGAGCGGCUGCAGCGCUGGCUGGUGGCCAUCAACCUCAAGGAGUUCGCGAGCAACCUGUCGGAGAGCGGCGUGCACGGCGCGCUCAUCGCGCUCGACGACAGCUUCGACGCCAACAGCAUGGCGCUCGCGCUGCAGAUCCCCACGCAGAACACGCAGGCGCGGCAGGUGCUGGAGCUGGAGUUCGCGGCCCUGCUGGCGGCCGGCACGGAGCGCAGCGCGCGCGCCCCCGCCCCCCCCCCCCCCCCCCCCCCCCCCCCACCAGCACCCGCACCCGCACCCGCCCGCCUCCUGACACCACGCCAUCGACUAGGCGCCGCUCGACCACCCGACGGACGCGCUUUAGACACCCGGCUACUUGACGAACCGCCCGCUCCCCCAUACACCUCCCAUGCGCUUCGUGCAAACGGUGCGAAGGGGCGCGGAAGCGCUCACCCGAUG